AUGAAUGCACAGGUAAUCAAUUGUCGGGCGGCUGUGCUUUGGUCGCCGGGAACUCCGCUAACCAUUGAGAACAUAACAGUGGAUCCGCCACAAGAGGGUGAAGUGCGGGUGCGUAUGGUGUCGGCCGGUCUGUGCGCCAGCGAUGGCCACCUUGUGUGGGGUUGGGAUACAGACCUAAUACUAGACUUGGAGGGCAACCCUAUAGUGAUGGGUCACGAGGGCGCCGGUGUGGUCGAGUCAGUGGGUCCGGGCGUGACGAGUGUGGCGCCGGGCGAUCACGUGAUACCGAUGUGGAUGCCUGAGUGCGAGAAGUGUGACCUCUGUUCGCAUCCCAAAACUAAUCUCUGUCUCAGCGGUGAUAUCGUGUCCGCAAUGUAUCACAAGAAUAAAGAGACCCGAAUGAAGAUCAAUGGAAAACCCCUGCUUUCAAAGGCGGGCACAGGCACUUUUUCCGAGUACAGUGUUAUUAGGGAGACACAUGUGGCAAAGAUCAAUCCGAGCGCUGAUCUGAAAACUGUUUGUAUCAUUGGUUGCGCCGUUGGAGGGGGUUAUGGCAGUGCUGUCAAUAUAGCUCGAGUACAUCCCGGAGCCAAAUGUGCGGUUUGGGGUUUGGGUGCCGUCGGGUUGUCAGCACUGUUGGGCUGCAAACAGUCCGGCGCUCACACUAUCAUUGGUAUUGACAUCAAUGCCGACAAAGAAAGUGUCGCCAAAGAGUUUGGUUGCAAUGAAUUCAUUAUUCCUAAAACACUCGACGAACCGAUUGAGAGUUAUUUGCAAAAAAUGGGAGGAAUUGAUUACGCGUUUGACUGCAUCGGUAACCAACAGGUGCUCGACUCGGCCUACAAAUCAUUAACGCCUUGGGGUGUAUUAACCGUUCUCGGUUUGGGUCCGAGAGGUAAUGGUGUGAAUGCAAAAGUGGCGGAUCUGGUAAUGGGUCGCACAGUUACCGGCGGUCUCUUUGGUAACCAAAAGCCCCGCAAAACUAAUCAAGAAAUGGUUGACAAGUAUUUAAGCGGUUCUCUACCUAUCGAUGGCUUAAUUACACACAGAAUACGUUUGGAUGAAAUCAAUGAAGGCUUUGAUAAUUUAAAAGCUGGCAAAACAGUCCGCACUGUCAUUGAGUUUUAA